AUGGAGAACCCACAUGCAGAGCGACAGGCUGUUCUUUUGGAAAGGAUCCUCAAAAAUACCUCGAAAUGUACUGAAAUGAUUCUCGAAUUGAACCAUUGCCUGGAGGAGAUCCUCCGGGCCAAUGCUUCUGUCAAGAUUGCGGCAGACUUGUCCACCAAGUAUAGAAAGAAUGUUCAGUACAAUCUUGAAGCCACCAAGGACAGCCGCGAUCCUACAACGCGAUGA